AGCAGGACAGGCUGGAGGAGGAAGAUCAGGAGAGGCUGGAGGAGAGAGAGCAGGACAGGCUGGAGGAGGGAGUUCACGAGAGGCUGGAGAAGGUAACUCGCGAGUUGCUGGAGAGGUUGAUGGAGGAGGUAGAUCAGGAGUGGCUGGAUGGGAGGCUGGAGGAAUGGCUGGAUGAGAUAAAUCAUAAAAGGUUCGAGAAGUGGCUGACGAACUGGAUUGAGAAGAGGCUGAAGUGGCUGGAGGAGAUGCUGCAGGAGAAGAUGGAGAGUCUGAAUAAGAGGCUGGAGGAGAGGCAGGAGCAGAGGGUGGAGUGGCUGAAGGAGACACUGAAGUGGAUGGAGGAGAGGCUGAAGUGGCUGGAGAAGAGGCUGAAGGAGAGGCUGGAGGAGAGGCUGGAGUGGCUGGAGGAGAGGCUGAAGGAGAGGCCGGAGGAGAGGCUGGAGGAGAGGCUGGAGCAGAGGGUGGAGUGGCUGGAGAAGACGCUGAAGUGGAUGGAGGAGAGGCUGAAGUGGCUGGAGAAGAGGCCGAAGGAGAGGCUGGAGGAGAGGGUGAAGUGGCUUGAGGAGAGGGUGAAGGAGAGGAUGUAGGAGAGAGAGCACCACAAUAUUCAAUAAAUAAAAUUGUGCAUGACAAGUACAAUCUCCUGUUUUAAUCAAGUGAAUAGAUUCUGGUAAGUGGUCAGUGUGUCCGCUAGUUUUACUCUCUCUUCUCUCCAAAGAUCAGCUUUGCACCAGUAGGCGGCACCAAGUUUCAAAGCUUCAGAUGAUUCAGCAGCAAGAUCAGCUACAAAACACAUUAUUCUCACGUCACUGAAGUUUAUGUGUUAGAGCUGGAUAAAGAUAAAUCUACAAUCCAGACCUCAUUAAUUAUUAAGUCCCAACACCAUGUGGAUAAAUGCUUAUCAGCUGUCUCAGUGUCCCUGAACUCUUUCCUGUAUCCUCCUUGUGUCAUUUAAUUUCCUUCAAAGCUUCCCAUACUGAAAAAGGAAAAGUCAGAUUAAAGUGAGUCAGCACUCACACGCUUUAUUAAGUU